CUAAAAGUGGGUUCUGUGAUAGAUAUCCAAGGAGCAUUUUGACUGGUCACUGACUCCAGUCUACAACAACUCAAAAACAAGUAGGCUGAUAAAUGAUGUAGACUUGCCUCUAAUGUAGACUGUGUUGCAGGAAUAAGAUGAUGUAUGACUCCAAUAAGGAGCCAGAAUAUUAUUUUACUUGUUUAUAUAAUGAGCCUGAUAAUCUGUACUGAUUGGGGUCGAGGCAUUAAUUUUACAGUUAAAGGCAGUCUCUGGUUGUAAAGAAAGUUAGACAGCCUCUGAUUUAUGGUGUAUCAUAGUGUAUUGUGUAAACGCUUUUGAGACUGCGGAAGACGUCAUCAUCCAACCAGCCAAUGAGCUGCCAGGAUUUUGCCGCUGUUCAGAGCGCCAUGUUUCAAGAGUGACGCCUUCAGUGUAUUUUAGCAUAAACACAGUGUGGCUAGUUUUAACCAGAUAAUGAGUUGGUUAUUGACUUCUGUAACGUCGACAUGAGAUAAAGUCGAGCACUCGAAGAGAAACUAGGGUUUUUAUUACUGAGGCUUUACAAGUUUAAAGUUUAUGUUUAAAAGCUUAGCUAGCUGGCUGUUUGUCGUUGGCUUAGUUACCUGCUGAAUGCGUUGACUUGACUGCGAUGCUAACAGCUACCUUAAUGUUUAUAAACUGCAUUACCGACUGAAAGAGAUGAAAUUACGGAAAAUUUUGGAUAAAAGUUUGGAUAUUUUAUUCCUGUGUUAGAGACGCUAGCUAGUGAUGUCCAUCGAUUUUGAUAGCGCUGCUUUACAAACGCAGCAGGAAGAGGAGGAGGAAUAUGAUCAGGAGGACUACGCAAGGGAGCAGGAGCUGCAUAAGCUCUUGACUGACCUCCCAGAUGAUAUGCUGGAGGAUAGUCAUGACUCCUCGCCAGAGCUGGACUACUCAACCUGCAGUCCUCAAAGAGACAAUGACCGACCACAGCAUGCUUGGAAUGGACAGUCUGAUCAACCACAACCUCCUUCUGCUGAGACGAAUCCUGGGGAUGCCUAUGACCAGUCCGACCAUCAGGGUUAUAUGUAUGACCAUAGCCGUAGUCAUGCUCAUCACCUCCAGGGUAGGACAGAACAUUUAACCCAUGGCUGGGAUACACAUCAGGGCCAGAACUUUCAGUAUGAGUCUGGAGAAUACGUCUACUCCUCUACUGGAACAGCAGAAUCUAAUGGUACCAACAACAACUCUGCUGAGGAGGACUAUGAUCAGGAAGCUUACCCACACACAGGUCAUCACUCUGGACCAGAUGGCCAAGACUAUGGAGAACAUGCCAAUGUCAGAAACUACUUUCAGAAGUUUGAUAAUGGCAUAACUAAUGGCCAAGAUGUCGACUGUUACAAAGCCAGCUACCAGCCACAUAAGCCAGCAAGACAAGCAAAUAUGUUCAACAUUCAAUCAUCUCAUCAAAAUGGCCACUUUGACCAGCUGCAAAGAGACUUUCUUGAUUCAUCACCAACUAGUAUUGAUGCCCAGGAAUAUGCUCAGCUGAAGAUUUUAAACAAGGCUCAACUGAGGCAGAUUGAAGAUCUGGAGCAGAAACUGGAAGAUAGCAGGCGUAAAAUGAGAUAUCUUGAACAUCAGUUUGCCAUUGUAAAAGAUGAAAAGGAUGGGCUGACAUUGUCACUGAAGGAGUCCAGUCAUCUCAUAGAGGAGGCAAAAGAGAGGGAGUCUCGACUACAAGCGAAAGUCAUGUCUUUGGAGCGACAGAUUCAGACCCUUACAGAGAGAGAACAGGAGAACAUGAAGAAGCAGUGUGCUGCAGAGGCAGCAGUAGACAGUCUGCAGCAGCAGAUGGUGGAGCUGUGUCGCUCUGACACGCUGACACGAGCACGGGAGCAGCAUGACAGAGACAUGGCUGCCAUGAAGGAACAGUAUGAAGCUAGAGUGCUUGCCCUACAGCAAAACUUAGACACACAUGGUCAAAGUCUGGAGGAGCAGGUGCAGGUGGCCCAGAGGCUGCGGGAGCAGGUGAGGCAGCUGGAGAGGCAGAGAGAGGAAGAGCAGGUGGACCGAGCUGCAGUCAUCAAUGCCCUCACGCAGCGUUUGGAGGAGAGCCAGCAACAGUGUGCCAAGCUGCUUCAAACUGGGUGUGUGCAAGAGAUGAGCCAGAUGCAGAUAAAACUACAGCAGGCCCAGUCUAGUCGUAACAUAAGUGAGAACAUGAACAAAGUGCUGCAAGAAGAGUUAAAUGAGUUGAAAGAGCAGAUCACCCUGUAUGAGUCUGCUGUGAAGGUUGGAGCAGUUUCUUUUGACUCAAACCCAAACUGGGAAAAUCAGCUCUCUGAGUCCUACAUAGAUCUUGGCAUUAAGAAAGUUAACUGGAAAGAUGGCAGAAAACACAGCACUCCUGUCCUGUCAGACUCUAGCCUGCCUAAGGAGGACUUGGUGAAAGAGCUGAAGACUGAGCUGCAGCGGUGUCUAGUGCAACUGAAAACGAAAAGAGAGAAGAUCUCCCGCAUACAGAAGGAGCUCCACAUCUCACAGAAUAAUGUGGAACAGCUACAGACCCAGCUAAAAGGAGCUGAGAAAAAUGCUAAAGACUCUGUGGUGAGAGAAAGCAGCCUAGAAAAGCUUUUGGAGCAAUCAAACUUGACCCCUCACAAAGAGGUUGCAAGACUGGAAGAGGAACAACAACAACUCCUGAAGCGAGUAGAGACACUCGAGUUGAGAAAUAAGGAGCUGAAGCAGAGUGAGGAAAAGGUGAAAGCAGCUAAUUCUGAGCUCUGCACCAAGAUGAGAGAGAUGAUUCAGGAGCUGGACCAGGAGAAACAGGAGGCUGCAGAGAGGUAUGAGAGAACCCAGCAGCAGUACAGAGAUGAUGUGGUUCAGCGCGUUCGUGCAGAACUCACCCAGGAACACACAGCUCACAUCGAGCAGCUUACUGCCCAGCAUCAACAGCACAUCCAGCAGCUGGAAUCUAAAUUAGCUGACCUGAGUCAAGAAGUAUUAGCUGUGCAGGAAUGUUACCUCUCUGUUUGCAAGGAAAAGGAUAAACUUGAGGAAAACCUUAAGAGCAGAAUUGAUGAGGAGAGAAACCUGAAAGACAUCGAGGUAAAGAGACGACAGGAGAUUGAGGAGGCUCAGGAGAAGCAGAAGGCAGAUUUUGUCUCCCAACACCAGGAGGCUGUUGCCCAGCUUAAGGCUCAGUGGACCAAAGACAAAGAGGCGGAGAUACAGUUGCAGGUCGCUAAGCAGCUAGCCUCUGCCAAAAAGAGCUGGCAAGAAGGACAGCAAGAAGUGGGUGGCAAAUUUACUAAAUAUAAUGGACUUGUAAAAAUUACAAGCAAUUUUUUCAGCACAGUGUUGGUUUGUGUAUUUGUGCUUGAGUAUGUGUCCUUAAUCUCACUCACUCAGUUGGAAAAGAAGUGGGAGCGAAAACUGGAAGAGGCCAUGAAAGAAAGAAAAAAAGCCAAAUCUACAGAAACGCAGGAUGCCUCCUCUCAGACAGACACUGUGGAUUCUGUGACCCAGCUUCUCUCCCUGGAGCAGCUGGAGGACAGACUCCGUGCCCAGAGGAUGGCGCUGCAGCGAGAGUCAGACAGCAAGCUUACCAAAGCAGUGGAGGAGGCAGUGAGAGGCAAAGAGAGAGAGCUGCAGCAGAAACAUGUACAGGAUAUGACAUUGCAGGUUGAAAUGGCUGUGUCUAGGGCUCGUAAUCGCUGGCUCCAAGAGAUGUCCUCCCUCCCUGAGUACAAAGCCAGUUUGCAGACAGAGAAAGAACAGUGGGAGACGCUACAACAGCAACACAUUCAAGAGCAGGUGUCCUCAGCAAUAAAAGCAGCUGAAGACAAAUGGCAGGAGACAAUGAGUAGAAAAUGCAAGGAACUAGAGGACUAUGUGCGCAGAAACCAGGAGCUUCAGGAGCAGGUGAACUGCUUGAACAUGCAGCUGGAGCAUUCUGGUGAGGAGCAGAAGGCACUCCUCAAAGCUGAGCUCUCUGCAGCCAGAGCUUUGUGGAACACUGAAAAGCAGGAAGAGAUUUCAUGCCUUAAGAUGCAACUCCAGAGGGACCAAGAGAGCCUAAAGGAAAAGCAUCAGGCACAGCUGGAGAGAAAAAUAGAAGAGACUCGGGAGGAGACUCUCAGACAGGGGCAAGCACAUCUACAGGAAACCAUGCGGAGCAAGGAGCAGGAGUGGAGGAGUCAGCAACAGCUCCAGUUGCGGGAGGAACGACAGCAAUCGAUGGAGGAGGUGCUGGCCGAGUUAAAGGAGGUGCUGAAGGAGGUCCAGGAGUGGAGAGAAGUUGCUGAGGAGCAAGGUAGCAGGGAAAGAGGCGUGAGAGCCAGACUGAGGCACAUGUGCAGAGAGGCGCUGGCCGAAGCUGUAGCCAACACCAAGCAGGAGUCGGUGAAGAGCAGCGAGGAGAAGUUGCGGCAUGUGCUGAAGGAAACCCAAGAGCAACAUGAAAAGGAGCUCAAUCAUAUACGUAGCUCCUUGGUCCAAAGGAAAGAAAGUGUCUGUAGCGGCAAGAGUUGUAAUGACACCAUAGGCAGACUCCAGAAGAAGAGUCAGGAGCUUCAGAGGCAUCUGGAGAAGGCCUGUCGUCAGCUCCAGCACACGGUCCGAGAGCACAAGAGCACGUUGCACAAACUCAAAGAAGAGCAUGAAGAAAUUUUGCAAAAAGAGAAGGAAGCCCAUGCAAAAGCGGUGGAGCAGGCUAAAUUGUCUGCAUGCAAGGAUGGUGCAGUCAGUCAACAAAAUCUUCAUGCUGGCCUUGAAGAAAUGAAUGAACAAUAUAUGAAAGCUGUGCAAAAAAUAAGAGGUGACAUGCUGAGCUACAUGCAGGAGAGCAAAGAGCGAGCAGCUGAGCUGAUCAGAGCCGAGGUCCUGAGAGAGAGGCAGGACACGGCCCGCAGGAUGCGCAGGUACUACCUCACCUGCCUGCAGGAGCUCCUGGAGGAGGGGGGCCAGGCCAAUGGUGCUGAGAAGAAAAUCAUCAAUGCUGCCAGUAAACUGGCUGCCAUGGCCAAAGUGCUGGAGACACCUGUAGCAAAAAAGAAAUUUCAAAGAAAUCAGGAUGUACAAGAACCAUCAUCAAACUCUAAAGUUGACCAUCCUGCCAAAGUGUUGUGUGCUGCAUCAAGCCAAAGCCAUUCUGCCAGAAAGUCCCAUAAAGUUUGCAGGAAUGAGCAAUGGCAGCAGAUGAAGGUCCUCACUGAGACCAGCUCUGCAGCCCAAACAGCCAAAAUGAAAACUACAGGCAAGGCCUCUCAGCCUGACUUUAAGUCUGUGAAGACGAAUGCUGCUAAUGGUCCUGAAGUAAAAGAACCUGCCACCCCACAGACACUCCACUCUUGUGAUCCCAAACCCUUCUGUGAUUUUGCUUCAUCUAGUGCACAUUUUAGUACUGUUAGCUCUGUUAAUGUGACAUUGAGGAAGCAUAGCAGGGAGGAGUACCUGAUGGGGACAGAAGCUGGAAAAGCCAGUGAGCGUUUUACUCCUCAGGUGACUGCUGAGUCUUUCCUGAUUGAAGAGGCGCCUGUGAGAGAUGAUAGCCAGAGUGACUGGAGUUUAUCCAGUAAUGGAUCCACUUUUACCAACAACAUACAUCUAACCUCCUCCUACCCCAGCAAAAAUCCAGGGCCAAUGAACUCAUUGACUGGCCCUACUGUCGAUGAUCUGGACUUUGGAGGCAUCAUAGGUGAUAACUCUGAUGUAACUGUUUACAAAGAGAUUGCCAGAAAGCCAUCUGGAGUGAAACCUAAGAAGCAUGCAGGCAUUAAAAUGACUAAGAGCAGGGAGCCAAUCCCAGGCUCAGAGGAUGAAGCGAUCCGUAAAGCAUGUCCUAAGAGUUUACUCUCACAAUUCAAAAUAUGUCAGCAGGACAGUGGGUUUGACAGCCCAGUGUCUCUGAUUCAGAAAUAAAAUGGUGCUGUCCUAAUAGAUUUUAUAUAUAUAUUGUGUGUGUGUGUGUGUGUGUGUGUGUUUGUUAGCCAGUUUCGCUGUGAUUUGACUGAAUAUUGAUGUGUUAAGUGAUUGUCAGGAUUUCUUAGUUAAACUGUUUUUGUACUGCCUUUUGUGAAUUAAAGUUUAAACACCUCACUAAAAUGUCUGAUAUUCCAAAAACCUUAAUGCUGGUCAUAUGUCUGAAAGCAUGCAAUUUGCAUUUAACAUGCUAUUUUAAAUCCAUUAAAAUAUUUAUACUUUA